ACAAAGGUCUGCUUUCCCCAAAUUUCCGCCGGAGGUGGCGCAUGCGCACUGAGGAGAUCUGUUGCGAGACGAAGUUAUGGCCGUCGCUAUGCAGACUGAAGAUUUUACCUUCCUACCCUCGGGGUUGGAGCAAGUGAAUAAGAUGAUCAAGGAGCACGGUGACCUGUUUACCGACAGCCAGUGCAGCAUCUGCAAUGCCGUCCUCAUUUCGGAGUCCCAGAAGUUGGCUCAUUAUCAGAGUAAAAAACACGGCAACAAGGUGCGACGCUAUUUCUCGAUCCAAAAUGAGAAGGGGCCUGAGACGAAGAAGUUCAAGACUCCUGCAUCUGUCAAGAUGGAAACCGACGAGGAUGACCCCAUGAAGAUCUGUGACAUAUGCAAGAUGACCUUUACGUCGUCCGUGAUGGCCCAGUCUCACUAUCAGGGCAAAAUUCACGCCAAAAAUCUGAAACUCAAAAGUGCGGAUCCUCAGACUAAAGCCCCGGCGGCCGCACCGGCAGCGGCGCCAAAGAAGAAAGCGGCAGUGGACAAGACCGACAACUUGGACGACAAACACCCGAACCGCUUCUGCUCCGCCUGCCAGGCGUCCUUCAACAACGCCCAGAUGGCCGAGCAGCAUUACGCGGGCAAGAAGCACAAGAAGCAAAUGGCCAAGGUCAAACUGUUGACGCUGCACGGAAAGCCCACCACGCCAGCUGCUGCAGGCAAGGGUCUGAUGUGCAACAUCUGCAACAUUGAGCUGAAUUCUGUGGAUCAGUACCAGUCCCACAUCAGCGGGGCCAAACAUAAGAACCAAAUGAAAAAAUCCGGCAUGAGCCCGUCUGAGAAAAACAAGUCAGCCGACGACCCCGAAAAUGCCGAGUUAGGAGACGACAACGGCGACGAUGACCAAUGUGGAAGUGGCUACAACCAGUCCGGAAACGGCGAUUUUCAGUACGAGACAGAGGGCCAACAGUUUGAGGCGAAAGAGGCUUCUUACGAAGACACCUUCUACAACAUGGGAGAUGACGAGUUUGUGACCGAGGGCGCUCUGUUCGGGUCGGAGGACGACCAGUUCAACUCGUUGGCCAGUUAGUAAGUGGGACUCUAGGACCGAGCGACUUCAGGAGGACUCUGAGCAGAACCCUACAAACAUCACAAUUCAUCGGACCUUCGCUUCCAUCAGGAGUCACACUACAAGCGUCCUCCCCACAAUUGUCCCGCAACAAGCAAAACCUGAACCUCAAUCUGGACUAUCUUUGUUUUUGUUUUUAAUAGAAUGUCAACUUUUGUUUUUGUUUUUAUAGAAUGUUAACUUUUGUUUUUGUUUACCUGCUCCAAAGUGGCAGCUUUGUGUUUUGAGCAUGCGAUAAUUUCCAGUUAAAUACCCAAAUCUGCUUCUUUCUUGUUUCCUAUCAGACCAGGUGGCCACUUUUUAUCACCUUUUCCACUGCACAGUACCAACUUUACUCCACUCGGUCUGGGCCGUUCGCUGAUCAUUUGAAUAAAAAUAUACAGUAAACAUACUGUACAUACAAUGGGGAGAUCACAUAUUUGAUGCGUUGCCAGUUUAGCAGUUUUUCCAUCUUACAAAGAUGUUGUUUUUUUUAAUCAGAGAUGCAACCUAAAACAAAAAUCCAGAAAAUGUACAUUUGUUCUUGUGCGGCUUUGCAAACCUAAACGGAAGCUUGACACACUCCUUACAGAUCUCCAGAUCUUUUAAGAUUUCGGGGCUGCUGCUGGCCAACACUGACUUUCCUCUCCCUCGAAAAGUUUUCAGGUCUGGGGACUGGUUUAGGCCAACCAGGUCCUUGAAAUACUACUGACUCCUUUAGUUGGCCUGAAUGUGUGUUUUUGGUGUUUGGCAUGGGUUGUUGCCCAAGGUCUUCAUGGCCCAUCGUCAUCCCCUCAAUACGGACCUGUUCCUUUACAGAAAAGUGUCCUCAAGAAUGAGGUUUCCACCUCCAUACUUUAUGGUUAUUUCUACUUCUACCCUCAAACAGUCUUCUCAGGCCACUUCACAGUCUCUCAUUCCUCUUCUGGAUCAUUCAGAUGGUCCUUGGCAAACAUGGACAUGCACUGGCUUGAGCAGGAAGACUAGGAUUUGAAUCCAUGACGACAUUCGGUCCUGUCUUACUUGUCAUCGACAAGCUUGAUCUCUCACCUCUCGUGGUCCGCUCCAGAUGUUUGUCUUCAAAUUCUUCCAUUUUCUCACAAGCUGCUCGCUUAUUGUCUUGUGGUCCAUCCCCGACUUUCAUAGGGCAACAACUUUGUUCCUGAUGUCCCGAGUCAGCUCUGUGGUCUCGGUCAGAGCUUAGUCUGAUAGAUUGAGGAGACAAUGUAUUUAUUUUGCUAUACCAACAUAUUGAUGUGUAUUAACUAGGGCUGGGCAGUAUGGCUGAAAACUAUAUCACGAUGUGUGUUUUAUAUCGGUCGAUAUCGAUUAUUAUCAAUUUUCAAGGCAGAAAGGAAAGUCAACAAAGGCAUGGAAAACACUCAGUGUACACAUUCUAAAAUUAGUGAUCACUUUCUGCGGUGCUCGUUUACCAGAGAUCCUUUGUUCAUGCAACUUUUGCUUUCUUCCGUUGAAGAAGAAGAAAGAAAAAAUCAAACACAUUUUUUAUUGAUAUCGAUUAUGUGUCCAUCGCAUAUAUAUUGACGUUGUUUUAUCGCCCAGCCCUAUCUUUUGUACAGGUGACAAGUUCCAACAGGUGCAGUAAACACAGGUAAUGAGUGGACUUCUUAAAGAAAAACAAGCAGGUCUGUAGGAGCCGCAAUUCUUACUUCAAUAUUUCAUGCAGUAAAAUUCAUUAUUUCAAAGUCAUACAAUGUGAAUUUCUGGAUUUUUGUUUUAUUCUACAUAUUUUCAAAGUGGGAACGUUCUCCCCACUGUCUAUACACUAUACUGUAUAUACAAUAUUUAUAGUGUAGGCUCCAGCUUGUAUCUGAGCAUUGGUUUGGUCCCUUUCCAUUCAUGCAACAGUUUGUAAAGGCUGAAUGUGUCGUUGGGAGUGUCAGCUAGAGGUGAAAAAGUAGAAAUUAUUCGUGAAAAACAGUCUGUGGAGGUCGAGGGUGCAAUGAUUUGCUCAAAGGAGCGAAACCGAAGUCCCCCCAGAGGAAUGGUAGUUUGAGCUGGUUAUUGAUGGUGAGCUUGAUCCUCCGUUGGCUGGAAACGAUAGUGAAGGACAGGGUCUUUAGCAUCAAGACCCUGUUUGACAAUGUGCUCUUCACGUCGGCUGUUUCAGAAAAUUCUUAGCUUGGAAGCGUUCAAGGCGGUUCAAAAUAGCACCUUGGAAAAGGAGUUUGUCGAAAGAGACUAUAAAAAAUGGCAGAGAACGUGGGCUCCUCUGUUCAAGUGGAGACUGAACAGAUAACUUGGGUAGCUCUUUGUUUUUAUUCAGACUAGUUCAGCAGGAAAUUACGGAAAAUGGCAUUGAAGGAGUAGGACUGGAGACACAUUUCAUUCAAGAGGAGACUGAGGACAGUUGGUCUUGAUUACAUAUCCUUUUUCUGUGUUUUUCAUUUGAAAUACUGCAAUAUUUGUUUGUUGGGUAAGGAGAUCUUUUGUUAUAUUGCAGUAUUAGCAUGUUCGUUUUGAUCCAUUUUGUAGUCGUGUCAUUGCUCAGAAGCCGCCUGAUGUACUGCUAAUGCUAACGGUCAGCACGACUGGAGCCAAGCUGAGUUCGUACCAUGCGGUGGAAAAAAGGCAAAACAUUGUACACGAGGUGUCCUGUGAGGUACAUGGUGGUCGUCGCCCAGCAUAUCAAUAGACUGCUCUAGGUAAAUAACACUGGAAAUGUUCAAUUUCGUUAAAAUGUUACAAACACCCCUUUUACUUUGACCUUGUUUUUGUUUUCUCGUGCUUCUAAAGUAGACCGAUGUCCAAAACAGGACAGGAAAUCUCCAAUUGUCCUAAAAAAAAAACUGACUGACUUAUUUUUUAUUCCCAAAUGUCUGCUAAAGAAAACUACUUUUAGAUGUUGUUUCUAUGAAAAGGUUUGCUCUGCUGUAGUUGGUCUCCAUCCUCGUGUUUGUCAUUUUUAUUGUCACUACCACGUUGCAUUUUGAAGGAAAGGAACGUCGCAUCGAUUAAACAAAACAAAACAUCUUUUAA